GAGUGGACAAAGGCCGACGACGGGAAGAUCGCGAAGCUGCGCGGGAUCCUCUCGGCGCUGCAGGAGGAGAAUCAGAAUACGCAGCUGCUGCGCAAGGUCAGCGAGGACUCGGCGGCGCAGCGGGCGCUGGACGCGACGCGGGCGAGCGUGGACGCUCGCACCCGGGCGUGCAAGGACAUGGAGGAGCAGUUCUUCCAGAAGCAGAACGAGCUCCGGCGGCACUGGCUGGAGGAGAAGAGCAGGCUGGACAAGCUGAACGAGAACAUCGAGAGGAGCCAGAAGAGGUCCAAGGACGAGCAGCGCGAGUGCCACAGGCUCCAGGAAGAGGUGGGCGCCCUCGAGGCCGACCUGGCCAGCCAGGAGGCCGCCAGGGCCGCCGAGCAGAGGAGGAUCGGGCACGUCUCCAUGUACAAGGAAUUCCUGGAGGAGGUCGUGUCGGUGUGCGAGCACGAGUUCGAGAACGACGUAGGCGUUCUCUUGAACCGGCACCGCACGCUCGAGCAGAGCAAUGCGGAGCUGCACAGGGCCAACAGGGAGAUGACCGGGCGCCUCGACGAGCUGCGCGAGAGGCACCAGCGCGAGUCGUCGGCCCUACAGAACGAGCAUCUUCGGGUGAGCAGCCUGCUGCACGAUUGCCAGGGUCGGCUGGAGCAGGCCCGGGUGCAGAACCAGCAGGUGGAGGAGAGCCUGAGCCGGGCUCUCGGGGAGAAGUCGAAGGAGGAGAGCGAGGUCGGUGUCAUCAGGAUGGCCAUCGAGCAGAUCUUCGAGAGGACGCUCGUGUCAUGCCGGGUGGAGCAGCGCAGGAAUGUCAUGCGCGAUGCGAUCGACCCCAAGUACACGCCCCUCCGCAUGGACAGGUCCGAGUGGCGCCUCAACCAGAUGCUGCAGCAGAUUGGCGAGCGAGUGGAGGACCUCAGGGACAUGUACGGACAGGCGCGCGAGAGGCUGAAGCCAGACGCUGGGCACCGGGCGGCUGGCAGCGACGACAGGGAGGCCUGGGCCGGCGAGGUCGGCUUCGUCACAGAGGGGCCGGGCCCGGCGGAGCUGCCGGGCCAGGCAGAGCCCACGAGCGCCUGGAGCCUGCCCUCCGCCGCCGCGGGCAGCGCCCGGGGGCCCCUCCCCGCCGCCGCCGUGGCGGCCGGCGCGGCUGCGGCCGGCGGCAAGCAGGGCGCGCCCCGCACCGCCGCGGGGUCGGCCACGCGCAGGGGGCGCGCCCCGCCGAGGCGGCCGCGCCGCCGAGGGGGGAGGCGCCGCCAAGUGCGCAGGGCGCCGCGCCGAGGCAGGAGACGUUCGUGA